AGCUUGACCAAUGUUCAAUCGAAUAUUCAAUUUGCAAAAGACAAUGCGUGCUUCAGCGCUGAAAGAGUUUUUAAGAAUGUAUUCGAAAGGUAGCAGGCCAUGGCCUGAGCUGCUUGGAAAGCCAGGAACAGAGGCAAAGGCUAUAAUUGAAGGACGUAGACCAGGUUGUAAAGUUCAUGUCAUCCGUGAAGGAUCCAGUGUUACCCAUGAUUACCGAACUAAUAGGGUUCGGGUUUAUGUUGACAAAGAUGGAAUUGUCAAAUGCGUGAAAAUUGGAUAGAAAGUGCACUCACCCUGAGGUUUACAUAAUGAGGAGUUCAUCAUCAUAUUCUCCAAUUUUAUGUUUCCCUUGUCGAAAGAUUUUACACUUUUUCUUUUAUUUCUCAGUUUUGUUGCGCAGUAAACAUUAAAAUAUGGUGGUGUUAUUUUUGCCAGAGGAACAAACUAUUUGAAAAACAUGUUCAUUGUCAUUUGUCAUCAAUCAAUUGUGCCAAA